UGCAGGAAAUGAUUCUCAUGAAAUAACGUUACGAGGAAUAAGAUGCCCCAGAGUGAAACAAAGCGACACAAACGAUUCCUUGGGAAUAUUAAAGGCCUCCUGAACGUCACAUCCAGUCCACUGCCUAAAAUAGCUAAAGACACCAGAAGUCAUUAAGUCUGUUGUUGUAAAAUGUGUCCUGGUGGGAAAGUGCCUCGGUAACAAGCGAGAUUAUUGCACCCCACUGCCAUUUCAUUUUUUUUCUUGGAGGAAGAAGCCUUUUUCUCCAAUUCAGGAAAAAAAAGUGUUAUUCAACGAGCGUAAUUAUAAACCUGCAAGCUUAAAAAUGUGUUGUUUUCAAUAUCACUUAACACGACAGUUGGCCACGGUUCACUGGCUCCUGUUCCACAAUUCCCGACUGCACUGUACAGUCCGUGCGCUCCUGGUGCCCUGUCGCUUGUGGUCCAUCACCGGGCCGCGCUCUCCCGGUCGGGGGCCGCGAUAAUGAGCUCCUCCUCCUCCCCUUUUUGGGGGGAUUUACCCCAGGGCGCACUGACCACUAGACGCACCGAGGAGGCUCCGAGGAAUUACUGCCACGCAGCCGAGCGAGCCUCCAGUUGACCAAGCUGACGCCGGGGGGGGAUAUCAGAGUUCUGAGCUCUUAGGAAAAGAAAUAAAAACUCCACUGGGGAGCACAGAGAAGACUGAUGAGUGAAAAUGGGAAUUCACUUCUCCGAUGGGGCCGGUCACGCAUCAGAGUGUGUUGAGCAAAUGGCACGGUCAUAAAGAAGAGACGCUGGAAGAGGUGUGACCCCAGGGAGGAUUGUUUCUGUUAUUGAGGACCUAUAAUCCGACUGUCACCAAUGACUGUCACCUACACAGCUAGAGUCGCAAACGCCCGUUUCUGUGGCUUCUCCAAGCUGCUUUUGGCCUGGAGAGGCAGCAUCUACAAGGUUUUAUACAAAGAGUUCCUGGCUUUCUUCGCCAUGUACACCGCCAUCAGCAUCACCUACAGAUUUCUGCUGUUUGAUGAUCAGAAGAGGUAUUUUGAAAAGCUGGCAAUUUAUUGCAACCACUAUGCCAGUCUCAUCCCCAUGUCCUUUGUACUGGGUUUCUAUGUGACCCUGGUGGUGAACCGCUGGUGGAGCCAGUACACCAGCAUCCCGCUCCCCGACAGGCUCAUGUGCGUCCUGUCGGGGGGCCUCCAAGGGAGCGAUGAGCGCGGCCGCCUGCUGAGACGGACCAUGAUGCGUUACGCCAGUCUGUCGGCCCUUCUCAUCCUCCGCUCCGUCAGCACGGCCGUAUUUAAGCGCUUCCCCACCAUGGACCACGUGGUGGAGGCGGGAUUCAUGUCGAGAGAGGAACGAAAGAAGUUUGAGUGUCUCCACUCUCCUUAUAAUAAAUACUGGAUCCCGUGUGUUUGGUUCACCAACCUGGCGGCGUUGGCGCGCUGCGAGGGCAGGAUCAAAGACGACCACACACUCAAACUGCUGCUACAGGAGCUGAAUGGGUUCAGAGGGAAGUGCAGCAUGCUGUUCCAUUAUGACAUGAUCAGCGUUCCCCUCGUCUACACUCAGGUGGUGACUUUGGCCGUAUACAGUUUUUUCCUGGUGUGUCUUAUUGGUCGUCAGUUCCUGGACCCCAAUCAAGGCUAUCCAGGUCAUGACCUUGACCUCUACGUGCCCAUCUUCACCCUGCUGCAGUUCUUCUUUUAUGCUGGCUGGCUCAAGGUUGCAGAGCAGCUGAUCAACCCUUUUGGAGAAGACGAUGAUGACUUUGAGACCAACUGGCUAAUAGACAGAAAUUUUCAGGUGUCCAUGAUGGCGGUGGACGAGAUGUAUGGGGAUCUGCCGAUGAUGGAGAGAGAUCGAUACUGGAAUGACUCCAACCCGAGACCCCCCUACACCGCCGCCACUCUCUUUGUCCUCCGCAGACCCUCCUUCCAGGGGUCCACUUUCGACAUGGCGAUCCCUAAAGAGGAGAUGCACUUCCAGCCUCUGGAGGACAUUGCUGAGAACCUGGAGGAGUCGGGCAGUCAUCACCCCAACAUGGCCCUCUUCAACCGCCUGCUCAAAGUAGCCCCUUCCCCCACCGGCUUCAUGGGAGGGGCCCUUCGCCGCACCUCAGCACAGCUCCAGAGGCUGCGCCACUCUCCCAGCAUUGACCAGUGCACCAGCGAUGAUGAGGAGGAUGAAAGUGGUAAAAUAGGCAAAGCUGGGUCUCUACCAUCAGGCCUGGGGCAGGAAACCCAGAGCACAGUGUGCAGUUUCAGGGAGGAGAAGGGCGCUAGGACACCUCUGCUGGAUAUUCAGUUUGGGGCUAAGCGGCAGGAGAGGCGGGGAGGGCCCCCUCCUGUCACUGAGAAGAAGGGAAUGAGAGCAGUGGACGAGAAGAAUGAGGAAGCGUGGCAGAUCAGGGAAGAAAGAGGGGAAGUAGAGGGCACAAGGGGGGAGACCCAAGCUCCUGCGUCACUGUUUCCUCCUCCUCCUCCUCCCCAGUCCUCGAGCGAGACGUCCACCCAGUCGGCAUCUGCCAUCCCCUUCCCCUCCCGUCACCCCUCUGCCUUCCUGUUCCACCCAGAUUCCCACUGCAGUCUGGAGCACUGCAGCUCCCAGCCGACUAUCAACCAGAACAGAGCCGUGCCCGCCAUCCCCAAACCUCCCUGCAGUGGAAACAAAAUGUCCUUCCUCGCUGUGCCGUCUCACGAGGAGCCCCAGCGCUUCCGCAGCGUGAGCAUGGGAUCGGAGCUCACGGGGUCCCGGCCGGACGACAGGUCCUGAGGUUCCCAUCAACUUUUGGGGCUGUUUGAAACGCCUGUCCUCGUCUUCACCAGUGAAGUUAGUCAUGGAUACAAAACUGUGCUGCCACUCUCAGGGUGGACACUUUAAAAAAAAGAAAACGUAUGUAUGACAGCAAUAGCUCCCCUAUGUAAGGACUCUCCCGUUUAACUGAUGGUGAACGUCAUCUGAACUGUAAGUUUCUACUUGACUUAAUAAGUUUCACACAUUUAGCUUAGCUUUGCACAAAGACUAGGGAUUGGCCUCCAUCAAAGAAGGAAGAGAGAAGGCGACUGCCCACAUCUUCUGUAAUGUUCAUUCAUGUGACAUGUAAUGUUUCUUAGUAUCUACAAAGCUACAUCCCGGGACAUCCCUAGUAGUUCAGAAUUGUCCACAAAGCCAACAAAUUAACCACGAGACAGGUCAUGUGCCAUGUGGCAGUUAGCUUAAUAAUUGAGCUAGUUUAAAUAAACCAUUGGCUCUUGUUUUUAGUUCUGAUUUAUUUUCAAAUAGUUACUACUAUAUAGUGAGACAGCUAUGGAGUUGUCUAAAGCAAUGUUUGGAAAAGCUAAGCUGGAUUUUUCAGUUUUUCUGCUAAGCUCAGCUAAACCUAAAAAACGGAGAUGGGACUUAUUUCCUGAAUAUCAGGUUUGUGUUUAGAGUAAGAAGAUAUUUCUGGUUUCCCAGGUGUCUGCACAUUAUACUGAAGUCUCUACUUGCAUUUUAGCAUCAUCAGAAAUAGUGAUGAAACAUAUUACUAUUUCAUUUUAUUUUGUUAGUAUUAAAAUAUAACUUUAAACACAAUGAUUUUAUAAUUAUAAUACAUAUUAAAUAAACAAAU